CGCCCGCCCCCGGAGAGCCUGGAGCCCAGCGCUGCACCUUGGCAAGUCACAUCACGUGCGGCGGCGGCGCGUUUAGCCAUUAAGCGGAGCGGCGUCGGUUCCAGCGGCGGACAGGGGCGGUCUCUCUCUGCCGGGGUCCCCCCCCCUCUCUCUUUCCUCCGUCCGCGGCCGCAGAGGCGGGCAGCGCAGCCCGGCUUUCUUUCCUUCCCUUCUUUCUCUCUCUCUCUCUCUCUCUCCCACCCUUCCUCCUCCUCCUUCCUCUUCUCCGCAAUUCAGAGGCGCAUGCAAAUUGCUCCCCCCGCCCCCGCCGGAGCCCUUUUCUGCCCCUGCCGAAGGAGGCGGCCAGCCUGAGCCGGGAAGGGACGGAGCUCGCUCGCUCGCUCGCUCUCUCUCUCUCCCCCCGGUCUUCUUUCUCCAGCCCCCCCACCUCCCUCCCGGCCGCACUUUCCCCCCGCAACUUAGGAUCGCCGCGGGGGAGGCGCGCAAACUCCGGCUGCCUCGCGGGUUCCUCUAUUGUGCCGCGAUGCGGCGGGCGAAGGGCUUCCCCGGAUCGCCCCCCGCCGCCGCCGCCUGCCUGCCGCCGCCUCCUCCUCCUCUCCGCCUCUCGCUGCUGCUGCUGCUGGUGCUGCUGCUGCUGGCCUCGUGGCCGGCCCGUUGCAACACAAGCUGCCCGGAGAAAGAGCUGGAGCGGCGGGAGGAGGACGCCAACGUCGUCCUCACGGGCACGGUGGAGGAGAUCCUCAACGUCGACCCGGUGCACCAGACCUACUCCUGCAAGGUGAGGGUGUGGAGAUACCUGAAGGGGAAAGACGUGGUGACUCAUGAGAUCCUCUUGGAUGGCGGGAACAAGGUGAUGAUUGGGGGUUUUGGAGACCCCUUAAUCUGCGACAACCAGGUCUCCACAGGGGACACGCGGAUUUUCUUCGUUAAUCCCGCCCCACACUACAUGUGGCCCACGCACAAGAACGAACUGAUGCUCAACUCCAGCCUCAUGAGGAUUACGUUGCGCAACCUGGAAGAGGUGGAACACUGCGUGGAAGAUAAACCAGUGAAUUACUUCCCGCAGGCAGUGCCCCAGGAUGUUUGUCGAGGGAUGCUGUGCGGCUUCGGUGCGGCCUGCGAAAAGAACCCCACGGACCCUUCCCAGGGUUUAUGUGUUUGUAAGAAGAUCACCUGUCCUUCUGUAGUGGCUCCGGUGUGCGGCUCAGAUUACUCAACCUAUAGUAACGAAUGUGAGCUGGAGAAAGCUCAGUGCAACCAGCAGCGUCGCAUUAAAGUCAUGAGUAAAGGAGCUUGUGGUUCCAAAGACCCCUGCGCAGAGGUGGCCUGCAGCUUCGGAAGCACCUGCGUUCGGUCCACGGACGGGCAGUCGGCCAAGUGCAUCUGCAUAUCCAUUUGUGGCAGCGUUCCUGAAAACGCCGUGUGCGGCAGCGACGGCAAGGACUAUCGCAGCGAGUGCCAACUGAACCGGCACGCCUGCGACAAGCAGGAGAACAUCUUCAAGAAGUUGGAUGGGCCGUGCGAUCCUUGCAAAAACACCCACAACGACAUGAACAGAGUUUGCCGGGUCAAUCCUCGCUCGCGACGGGCCGAGUUGCUGCCCAGGCCCGAAAGCUGCCCCCCGAAGAAAGAGCCGGUAUGUGGGGAUGACGGGAUGACUUACGAGAACGAGUGCACCUUGCAGAGGACGGGCGCCAUCCGAGGCAUCGAGAUUCAGAAGUUGCGUUCAGGACAGUGCCAGGUUCAAGACAGAUGCCGGGAGGAGUGCCGUUUCAACGCCGUGUGCCUCAUCCGGCGGGGCCUUGCCCGCUGCUCAUGCGAACGGGUGGCCUGCGACGGCGCCUACCAGCCCCUCUGCGGCAGGGACAGCCGGACUUACUUCAAUGACUGCGAGCGCCAGAAGGCGGAGUGCCAACAGAAAGCCGCCAUUCCAGUCAAGCACCAUGGACCUUGUGUGUUUUCCGUUCGGAGAAAGGAAGUGGGCCUGCCCAGUUCUCCAGUUCACUCCACCAGGAGAAUUCUCCUGCAAGAUCUUGGCAAGCCCAGCCCCUGUCUGAGUGUGGAGUGCCAGUUUGGGGCCACCUGCGUGGUGAAGAACCAGGAGGCCAUCUGUGAAUGCCAGCAAAUGUGCCAGAGCAUCUACGAUCCGGUCUGCGGCAGCGACAACCUCACCUACAGCAACCCUUGCAAGCUGGAGGCCAUGGCGUGCGCCCUCCGGAAGGAGAUCCACGUGAAACACAAGGGGCCCUGCGACCGCUGUCGGAAGUGCCAGUUUGGUGCCAUCUGCGAGGCCGAGACGGGCCAGUGCGUGUGUCCCACCGAGUGUGUCGCCUCCUCUCAGCUGGUGUGCGGAACCGACGGGAACACCUACGGGAGCGAGUGCGAACUCCACGUCCAGUCCUGCAUCCAGCAGGUCUCCAUCGAGGUGGCAGCCCAAGGCAGCUGCAAAGCCUGUGGGGCCACAGUCUGCUCCUUUGGGGCACAGUGUGUGGACGGGCAGUGCCUCUGCCCCCGUUGCGAGCAGCAGCCCUUGUCCCGCGUCUGUGGCAGCAACGGCCUCACUUACGACAACGCCUGCGAGCUGCGCCUGGCGGCUUGCCAGCAGAAGGAGGAACUGGAGGUGGUGAGGAGGGGUCCGUGCGAAGAUGAGUGCGGCUCAGGAGGUGGGUCUGGCUCCGGAGAUGCCGUUGAAUGUGAGCGAGACAGCUGCCGGAAGUACGGGGGCUCGUGGGACGAGGAUAUGGAAGACGACCGUUGCGUUUGUGACUACACCUGUGGGACCGUCCCGCAGAACUUGGUGUGCGGCUCAGACGGGGCAGCUUACGCUAACGAGUGUGAACUGAAAAAAUCCCGCUGCGAGAAACGGCAGGACAUUUACGUGGCAAGCCAGGGACCCUGCCGAGGGGUCCCCACUCUUCCGCCUUCUUCGCCAGAGCUCCUUCACUGUAGCAGAACGGUUUAUGGCUGCUGCCCAGACAACGUGACGUUGGCACUCGGAGUGGGAUCGGCUGGAUGCCCCAGCACUUGCCACUGCAACCCCUACGGCUCCUACGGAGGGAGCUGUGAUCCCAGCAUGGGCCAAUGCUCCUGCAAACCUGGCGUGGGGGGGCUGAAAUGUGACCGCUGUGAACCCGGUUUCUGGAACUUCCGCGGCAUCGUCACGGACCGCAAGAGCGGCUGUACCCCCUGCCACUGCGACCCGGUGGGAUCCGUGCGGGAUGACUGCGAACAGAUGACCGGCUUGUGUUCGUGUAAAACCGGGAUCACCGGCACCAAAUGCAAGCAGUGUCCCAGCGGAAGCAAGCUGGGAAUGUCCGGUUGUGAGAAAGAUCUCUCGGCCCCCUCGUCCUGCGCUGAAAUGACCUGUGAAUUCGGGGCGUCGUGUGUGGAAGUGAGCGGCCUGGCCCAGUGUGAGUGUCCAUCGUUGCUUUGCACGGAAGCUGACACAUCCAAGGUCUGUGGCUCUGAUGGAGUGACCUACGGGGACCAGUGUCAGCUGAGGACCAUUGCUUGCCGGCAAGGGAAGGUCAUAGAGGUGAAGCAUUUGGGCCAGUGUGCAGAAUCCCAUGCCAGCCACCCCACCCCGCCUGCGACCCAGCGCCCCUUGGACUCUGUUCCCCCUCUGGCCCCCCAAAUCACCACCUCGGCUCCCGAGCUGACCAGGAUUCCCUCCUCCUCCCCCUGGCAUUCAGAAGACCACGCUUCCCGGCAGAGCCAGCCGGUCACCCGAAGGAUAACCAAGCCCGCCGUCCUCUCCACCCUUCCGUGGACAACUCAGGGCAUCCGCCAGACCACCGCCCGGCCCCUCUUGACAGCCCCCGUGGUUCCUGCCGCCACUCAGACGGCUUACGUUGAAUCGGGCAGCGCAGAAGGCAGCGGAGAUCCAGAACUGGGCACCAGUGGAGAUCAGGAAGGCAGUGGGGCCAGCUCUGCAGGGGAGGAAGAAACUGAAGACCCCAAGGUGACAGGUCCCCACCUGAUCGAGAGAGCCACCUGUUACAACACCCCUCUGGGAUGCUGCUCGGACGGCAAGACCCCAGCCGCUGACGCCGAAGGAAGCAACUGCCCAGCCACCAAAGUCUUCCAAGGGGUCCUCAUUUUGGAAGAGGUGGAAGGCCAAGAGUUGUUUUACACCCCCGAAAUGGCCGAUCCCAAAUCGGAGCUCUUUGGAGAGACAGCCCGGAGCAUCGAAAGCGCGCUGGACGAGCUUUUCCGCAACUCGGAGGUCAAGAGGGAUUUUAAGAGCGUCCAGGUGAGGCACCUGGGCCAAAGCAGCGCGGUCAGGGUCAUUGUGGAGUCCCAUUUUGAUCCAGCUACUUCUUACACGGCUCCCGACAUCCAGAGGGCCCUUUUGAAGCAGAUCAAAGCCUCUAAGAAAAAAACACUGCUGGUGAAGAGACCGCAGCAAGAGAACAUCAAGUUCAUGGACUUUGACUGGAUCCCCCAGCUUUUCACCACCACCACCACCACCACGAUCGCCACCACCAUGGCCCCCACAGCCAGCGGCUCCCAGCGGUUCCCCAUCACCCCUACCAGCCGGACCCUGAAUCCAGGACGGCUAAACGGGAAAUCCUCUGGGACGGUCGCAACCAAAAGGCCCAGCACCAGCCUUCCAGCCUCCACAGACCGGAAGAAGCCCCUGCGCCCUGUGCCCACCACCCGGAAGCCCGCUCGGCCCUGUGAGUCUCACCCCUGCUUGCAUGGGGGCACCUGCGAGGACGACGGCCGAGAUUUUACCUGCAGCUGUCCAGCUGGAAGAGGAGGGGCUGUUUGCGAGAAAGCCAUCCGAUACUUCAUCCCCAGCUUCGGCGGGAAGUCCUACCUGGCCUUCAAAAUGAUGAAGGCCUACCACACCGUGCGCAUCGCCAUGGAAUUCCGGGCCUCCGAGCUGAGCGGGCUGCUCCUGUACAAUGGGCAGAACCGUGGGAAGGACUUCAUCUCCCUGGCGCUGGUGAAUGGAUUCGUGGAGCUGAGGUUGAACACCGGCUCGGGGACAGGCGUGAUCACCAGCCGGGUGCCCAUCGAGCCUGGCCAGUGGCACGCGCUGGUGGUCAACCGGAACCGGAGGAACGGCGUGCUGUCCGUGGAUGGAGAGCCGCACGUCCACGGCGAGAGCCCAAGUGGAACCGAUGGGCUAAAUCUUGAUACCGACCUCUUCGUUGGAGGAGCCCCGGAAGACCAAAUUGCUGUGGUGGCCGAGCGCACGUCGGUCACCGCUGGCCUCAAGGGCUGCGUCCGUCUGCUGGACGUCAACAACCAGAUGUACGACCUGCGGGAGAAAGGUGACGACGUGCUCUAUGGCAGCGGAGUGGGCGAGUGUGGGAACAACCCCUGCCAGCCCAACCCCUGCCACCACGGCGGGCUGUGCCACGUCAUGGAGGCCGAGAUGUUUCACUGCGAGUGUCUCAACGGCUACACAGGACCCACCUGUGCCGACGAGAGAAACCCCUGUGACCCCAAUCCCUGCCACCUCUCCGCCACCUGCUUGGUCUUGCCCGAAGGCGGGUCGAAAUGCGAAUGCCCCAUGGGGCGAGGAGGCGAAUUCUGCGAAUCAGUUGAAGAAAUGGACCAGACCAUGCCUUUUCUGCCAGAAUUCAAUGGAUUCUCAUACCUGGAGCUGAACGGUCUUCAGACAUUUGUGCCAGACCUACAGGAUAAGAUGGCCAUGGAAGUGAUAUUCCUGUCCAGAAAUCCAAACGGUUUAAUUUUCUACAACGGACAGAAGACGGAUGGAAAAGGAGAUUUUAUCUCGCUGACCCUUCACAAUGGAUAUCUGGAGUACAGAUAUGACUUGGGCAAAGGUGCCGCCGUAAUCAAGAGCAGAGAGCCCAUCACUUUGAACAGCUGGAUCAGUGUCUCACUGGAGAGGAACACCCGGAAAGGCAUCAUGAGGAUUAACAACGGAGAACGGAUCCUGGGUGAAUCGCCGAAAUCUCGUAAGUUGCCCCACACCUCACUGAAUUUAAAGGAACCCCUCUAUGUGGGCGGAGCACCAGACUUCAGCAAACUGGCCCGGGCUGCUGCGGUGUCUGCUAGCUUUGACGGAGCCAUCCAGAAGAUUUCCAUCAAAGGGACCCCCGUCCUGAAGGAGGAGAACAUCCGCAGCGCCGUUGAGAUUUCUCCUUUCCGCUCUCAUCCCUGCACUCAGAAGCCCAGCCCUUGCCAGAACAGGGGGUCCUGCAAACCCCGCCUGGAGGGCUACGAAUGCACCUGCCCCAGAGGCUUCUUCGGGACCCACUGCGAGAAAGUCCUCACUGAGAAGGCAGCUGGAGACUCGGAAGCUGUCGCCUUCGACGGCAGGACCUACAUAGAAUACCACAACGCUGUUACCAAGAGUCCCGAUGCUUUGGAUUACCAUCUGGAGCUCAGCGAGAAGGCCCUGCAGUCCAACUACUUUGAGCUCAGCAUCAAAACUGAAGCCACCCAGGGCCUCAUCCUGUGGAGUGGGAAGGGUCUGGAUCGAUCAGACUACAUCGCUUUGGCCAUUGUAGACGGCCAUGUCCAGAUGACCUACGACCUGGGCUCUAAACCUGUCAUCCUGCAGUCUACCGUCCCGGUCAACACGAACCAGUGGAUUCAGAUCAAAGCAUCCAGAGUCCAUCGAGAUGGGUCCCUACAAGUCGGCAACGAGUCUCCCGUCACAGGUUCCUCUCCGCUGGGAGCCACCCAGCUGGACACCGAUGGGGCCCUUUGGCUGGGUGGGCUGGAGAAGCUCGGCGUGGCCCACAAGCUUCCCAAAUCCUUCCUCACCGGCUUCGUUGGCUGCCUACGAGAUGUGGUGGUGGACCGCCAGGAACUCCAUCUGGUGGAGGACGCUUUGAACAACCCCGCCAUAUCACACUGCGCGGCCCAAUGAAGACACCCUGCCUCUUUUUUCUCUCUUCCCUCCGCCUGGCUAUUGCUGUAAUUAUUUUCUAUUUUUGUAAAACUUCUUGCUUUUUUAUAUUUUGGGGAGGGGGAGGGAGAGGAAGAGGGGGGAUAGCAGUGAGACGAGGAGGAGGAGGAGGAGGAAGAAGACGAGAAGGAUCACGAGAGGAUCUGGUCGGAGAAGAAAAUUCUUUUCGUUUACUGUUUUGUUUGCCGCAUUAUCUCGCCCAUCGGACUCACGAGGAGCCAAGACUCCGUUAAAAACCCGGCAAAGCUUCGGAAUGUGACCAAGGAACAAAGUUGCCCCUUUUUGCUUCCCGGGGUGUGUGUGGGGUGUGUGUCACUCUCCACUGUAAAUGUCACUCAUACUUGAAGUCAUUCUUUUUAUUAUUAUUAUUAUUAUUAUUUUUAAUCAGGUUUAUUAUUUGUUUUGGCUGACACCAACAACACUUAAGGGGAAAACUGAAGACCACGGAUAAAAAGUUGUCCAUGCCACAGCGUCUCAGAACAAAGGAACAGCCAGCACCCUACGAACUGGAGGGGAGGGCGGAUUUCACACACACACAAACACACACACACACACACACACACCAAAUAAGCCAACAGGGACUCCCUGCAGAAGUCUAAGAGAAAUUGGACUCUCGAGUUUUUACCCCAAAGCUCCAGCUGGCCCUUCAGCCUUAACUAGGCUCCAUAUGUUCUCCUCGUGCUCCCUGUUAGAAUGACAAACUGUGUUUUUGUGUGUCUGUAUAUAGGUGUGUGUCCACACGCACAUGCACAUACCAAUCCUUUGUCCUCUUUUGACAGAAGCCACAGGAGAUGUAGCUCUUGGUAGCAGUGGUGAGAAACAACUUUGCCAGAGAGAUGCAGGAUAGGAAGGAUGAUCAGAUGGUCUUGGAGAGGUAGGCAAAGGAAUUGGGGAGAGUUAAAAACCCGGGUUGUGGGUAGCCUGGUGAUCAAACAGCAUUCCUUAAACCUCCGAGGAAACGAGCUUACAUUUCUCAUCCAGAAUCUUAAAACCUUCAAGGAAACGAGCUUACAUUUCUGAUCCAGAAUUCAUAAUUCACCAAGAUAAGUACUGAUGGCUCAGGAAGCUUGUUAUCGACAGCCCAGUCACCAGCUCUUUGAUAACUACCUAAGAUCACACCAGGCUGAACUGAUCACUCACCCAAUACCUGCAAAAUAAUUUUGGGAGACAUUUCAGAGCAGUAACCAUGGUUAAGUUCAGGCAAGAUGGCCAGUUGUCCUGGUUGACUGGUCUUUAUGGGAGAAAAACAUUUCAGAGGUUUAACCAUACCCUCCCCAUCCUUUGGGAGGUGUCAGUCAUGCCUAAAACUGAAUUCCCAGUUUUGACACACGUGUACAUGCCCAUGCCCAUCCCGAUUUGUUUCUCAUGAUUCAUCCAUGACUCUUCGGGCAGGAAAAAAAAAA